GCUGCAGCAGAGACGCUUGACCUUCCAGACUCCCGUCUAGCGGCAACCACCUCACUGAUUAUAGGUUGAUCCUUGUUCAAGGGUUGCAGCAUCAUUUAGGUCAUCCGUCGCCCUGCAUCCGCUAUGUGAGGAUGCUUUUACGCGCGUCAUAAUGUCUCUUUCGCGGAGGAGUUCAGUUCAAGGGAACCAUGGAUCGCAGAUGGUUUCAGCCGUUAUUGUUCGGUCUACCCUGAAUAAACUUCUCUGGCACUAGUUUCGUUUUGUGUUACAUAGAUAUCGCGACUCUUAGAUUCGCGAAAUCGCUAAUUCCGCGACUCGCGCGGGUUUCCGUGACGAUCUAGAGACCCGUCCCCUCGCAGCUAAUCACAAUGAUAGGAUUAGGUCAAUACGCGGCUCUGAGCCUGGCGACCUUACUAGGAGUGGUCUACCAUGCCUUCUACACCCGGGAGCAGUUCUUCCCAGCGAUGCUCUACCUCUCUACCUCCAAGAUCUGCCUGGUCGUGAUGGGAAAUAUGGCCUUCGUCCUGCUUCUACUAUUCGGCCACAUAGUUAAAGCCGUCUUUCUCGGAAAGCUCCGCGAAGCUGAGGUGGAGAGAUUACACGAGCUCUCGCGGCACGAGAUCAUGGAGACGUGCCUCGCGAUGACGAUUUUCCGAGAGGAAUUUACCUUCUCCUUCGUCGGAAUGUUUUCUACCCUCUUAUUUGUGAAGAUCUUCCACUGGCUGGCUCAAAAGCGGGUGGAGUACAUCGAAACGACGCCUGCAGUAUCGCGGAUUUCUCACAUCCGGAUCACGGUUUUCAUGGUGCUGCUUCUGGCGAUGGACUGCGUGCUCGAGUACCAGGCGGUCUCGUACCUCCUAAAGAACCGCUCCGCUUCGGUCCGAAUCCUCUUCGCUUUCGAGUAUUUCAUCCUGGCGUCCGCCAUGCUGGCGAACAUCGUGAAGUACGUGUUCUACAUGGUGGACACCGUCAUGGACGGGCAGUGGGAGCACAAGGCGACGUACAUCUUCUACCUGGAGCUCGUCAAGGACCUGCUGCACCUCCUCGUGUACCUCGCCUUCUUCUCCAUCAUCUUCAUGACCUACGGCCUGCCCCUUCACCUCAUUCGUGAUCUCUACGAGACCUUCCGCAACUUUCGCAUGCGAGUGGCGGACUUCAUUCGCUACCGCCGCAUCACAUCCAAUCUCAACGAGAGGUUCCCCGACGCCACACCUGAAGAGCUUGAGAGGGCGGACAGCACGUGCAUCAUAUGCAGGGAGGAGAUGACGUCAGCCAAGAAGCUGCCCUGCGGCCACCUCUUCCACGUGCACUGCCUGCGCUCCUGGCUCGAGCGCCAGCAGACCUGCCCCACCUGCCGCGCGCCCCUGCUGCAACCCCAGGCCCAGCCCACGCCCCCGCCUGCCGCUGCUGCCGCUGCUGCAGCUGCUGCUGCUGCUAGAAACGCUGCGGCUGCUGCUGCUGCUGGUGGGAAUGGGGCGCCUGGGGGGAUUGCAGGUGUGGGAUUUGGGGGGCUGGGCAUGGGAGGUGGGUUGCCAGGAGGAGCUGGGGUUGUGCCUCUUGCUGCUCCUGCUGCUGGCGCCGCUGCUGGUGCUGGCGGUGCUGCUGGUGGCGUGGGUGGCAUGGGUGGGAUCAUCCCCUUGGGCCAGUUUCGUGUUGCUGCAGGUGGUGGUAUGCCGGCUGUUCACGUUUUCCACGGGCAAUUGAACCUUCCUGGAGGGAUGGGAGCUGCUGCAGCAGGGGGAGGGUUUGGAGGCCAGCAGGAGCAGCAGCCGUAUCUGCAGCAGCAGCUGCAGCAGCUGCUGUACGCGCAGCAGGUGCAGCAGCAGCAGCAACAGCAGCAGCAGCAGUGGCAGCAGUGGCAGCAGAUGCAGCAAUGGCAGCAGUGGCAGCAGUGGGGGCAGUGGCAGUACUGGCAGCAGUGGCAGCAGCAGGUUCAGGCUGCAUAUGUGGCUGCAGCAGCAGCAGCAGGAGGUACAAGUGGAGCAGCAGCAGCAGGCUCAUCUGCAGGAGCAGCGGCAGCAGCAGGACCAUCUGAAACAGCAGCAGGUACCAGUGGAGCAGCAGGUACAUCUGGAGCAGGACCAUCCGGGGCUUCACCUCCUACUGCCAGCACGGCUUCACCUUCUGCGUCUUCCUCUGCUGAGACUCCCGCUGGUGCAGAUCAGAGUGCAGGUCAUCCCCCUGCUGCAGCCAGUGCCUCUGGACCUGAUGCUUUCCUUCGUCAAUACAACGCCUGGUUGUCAUCUGCAUACCCACAGCAGCAGCAGCAGCAGCAGCAGCAGCAUCAGCAGUUGCAACAGCAACAGUACCAGCAGCAGCAGCAGUAUCUUCAGCUGCUUCAGCACUACCAGCAGCAGCAGCAUCAGCAGCCACAGCAGCAGCAGCAGCAGCAGUACCAGCAAUACCAGCAGCAGUACCUGCAGCAAUAUCUGCAGCAGCUAACGGCACAGGCACAGGGACAGGGACAGGUGCAGGCUCAAGGGCAGGUAGCUGCUAGUUCUCCUGACCAAGCUGCAGCUGGUGCAGGUGCAUCUGGUGCAGGUGCAACUGGUGCAGGUGCGGGCGAACAAGCAACUCAGACCCCCCUUUCUACAGCUCCGACCCCCCCUACUGGGCCUGUCAGUUCCAGUAGCGCAGGCGUGGAUGCUUCGCCUGGUGCUGACAGUGACAUCAAUGGCAGCGAUGGUCGCAGCAGGGGCAGUGGUACUAGUGGUGCUGCUGUUGCCAGUGCUGCUGGUGCGGCGCCGUCUCGAGGAAGCGGGGGGGUGGAGGAACAGGGGCAAGAACCAGCUGAUCAAGGGCAAAGGUAGAGUUGCUAGACCUGGCAACGGCAUGCUGGUCUUAGUGCUGCUGGUCUGGUGUGGAGCCGUCUCAAGGAAGCAAGGGGGUGGAGGAACAGGGACAAGAAGUAUGAGGUGAAGGGCAAAGGUAGGGUGACUAUAGCUGGAACUAGUGCAGCCACUCGCUGGGCGGAUUUGAGGAUAGCCUGCCGCCCUUAUUGGUACUAUGCUUGUUCGUGCUAGCAUCAUUUGGUGGUACCGGUGCCUGCUAGCUUCUAUGCUGCUGAUUCACUGUUGUACUGUGUUAAGUCUUCAAAUUGGCUUCUGCAGCUGAUAAAUGGUGCAAAGAGGCUAAUGUGCGAAAGAGGCUU